GCCCUCACCACCGAGGGGCCUUGCAGGGGGGAGGCCCUCACCACGGAGGGGCCUUGAAGGGGGAAGUUCCCCACCACCGAGGGGCCUUGAAGGGGCCAUCUUCCUCCCUGGGGCUUUUCCCAUGAGGGCCAGCAUCGCUCCCCAUGGGCUUCGCAGCGGAGAAUGCCUGCCAUGAGAUCCUGAGAUCCUCGGUGGAGGGUAGUGGUGCCAUCUUGGCUCACUGCAACCUCCACCUCCCGGGUUCAAGUGACUCUCCUGCCUCAGCCUCCCGAGUUACUGGGACUCUAUACAAAUAUCAGCUGCCGGGCGCGGUGGCUCACUCCUGUCAUCCCAGCACUCUGGGAGGCCGAGGCAGGCGGAUCACGAGGUCAAGAGAUUGAGACCAUCCUGGCCAACUUGGUGACACCCCGUUUCUACUAAAAACACAAAAAUUAGCCGGGCGUGUUGGCGGACCCCUGUAGUCCCAGCCACUCAGGAGGCUGAGGCGGGAGAAUCGCUUGAACCCUGGAGGUGGAGGUUGCAUUGAGCUGAGAUCACGACACUGCACUCCAGCCUGGCCACAGAGCGAGACUCCGUCUCCAAAAAAAAAAAAAAAAAAGUUGUAAUAUCAGCAACCAGCACAACCACCAAGAGAGCAUUUAUUGAGCACCCACUGUAUACCAGGCGCAGGGUGCCCAAUCGCAUCUCAGCCCCUCGGGUGUGGUAGCCGAAUCUGCAGGCUCUGCCCACCCUCCGGGGGCAGGGCACGGAGGCCCAGGACAGCAGGGGAGUGGACCCAGUGGCCCUGAACCCAAGAGCCAGGCUCCGGGCCCCACCUGGCUUCAGUGAGUCACCAGGGUGCAGGGUGUGGACCCGCCCAGCCCUUCAGGGCCAGAAGGCACCACGGGGCCAGUCUGCAUUCCAGCACGAGGAACCCGACCCCCGGGUCUGAGCAGCUGGGUAAGCCCGGAGGUCUCCAGCACACGCUAGGAAGGUCAAGGCCAAGACCCCGGAGGAGAUGGACCGCGUGACCAGAUACCCCAUCCUGGGCAUCCCGCAGGCACACCGCGCCACUGGCCUGGUGCUGGAUGGAGACACCAGCUACACGUACCAUCUGGUGCGCUCCGGCCCCGAGGCCAGUGGCUGGGACCAGGACGAGCCACAGGCGUGGCCCACUGACCACAAGGCCCAGCCGGGCGUGGCGAGGCGGGUGUUCGACAGCAAGCAUGCCCACCCUGGCUGGCGGUCCCCACGGGGACUCCACCCAGAGAACGGGGAGGACGAGGAUUUGAAGGUUUACUACCUGGGCACCGGGGAGGCCCACCAGGGACGCCCAGCCCGGGCCCUCCACCUGGAGGAUGGGGAGGACGAGGAGGUGAAGGCUUUCCACCUGGGAGCCGGGGAUGCCAUCCCCAGGAGGCCGUGGGACCUGGAGCGGGAGCGCUGGGCCGUCAUCCAGGGCCAGGCAGUCAGGAAGAGCGGCACCGUGGCCACGCUCCAGGGUACCUCUGCCCACGGAGACCCCAGGAUCCCCGGCCCACCUGGGUCCACGCCCCUGGAGGACAACGUGGUUGACACGGAGCAGAUUGACUUCCUGGCAGCGAGACAGCAGUUCCUGAGUCUGGAGCAGGUGAACAAGGAGGUCCCUCAUAGCUCCCCAGCCAGGGGGGCGCCCGCAGGCACAGCCCGAGAGGUCAGUCAGGUCCCCAGGGCCCUCACCAAGCCCCACCUGGCCAACGGGCAUGUAGUCCCCAUCAAGCCCCAGGUGAAGAGGGUGGUCAGGGAAGAGAAGAGGAUGCAAGGUGUGCCCACCUGGGCCAGUGUCCAAGUUGUGGAUGACCCUGGCUCCCCGGCCCCGGUGGAGUCCCCGGAGACCCCCAGGGAGACCCCCAUCGAGCGGGAGAUCCGACUGGCUCAGGAGCGUGAGGCGGACCUGCGAGAGCAGAGGGGGCUUCGGCCGGCAGCCGACCACCAGGAGCUGGUGGAAAUCCCCACCCGGCCGCUGCUGACCAAGGCGAGCCCGACCACAGUCCCACGGCGGGACAGAGGGCACCCGUCCCUGUACGUGCAGCGGGACAUGGUACAGGAGACGCAGCGCGAGAAAGACCACCGGCGGGAGGGCCUGCAGCUGGGCCGGGCGUCCGCACGUGACCGGGCCUCGGAGGAUGCCCAGCCUGGUCUCCGGAGAGCUCUCAGCUCGGACUCCGUCCUCAGCCCGGCCCCAGAUGCCCGUGCGGCUGACCCAGCUCCAGAAGUGAGGAAGGUGAACCGCAUCCCGCCUGAUGCCUACCAGCCGUACCUGAGCCCCGGGACCCCCCGGUUAGAAUUCUCAGCCUUUGGCGCAUCCGGCAAGCCCAGCAGGCUCUCCACCACUGAGGCCAAGGCUUCGCCGACACCAAAGGCCACGAUGUCCCCAAGGCAUCUCUCAGAAUCCUCUGGAAGACCCCUGACCACAAAGCAAGAGCACUUGAAGUCCCCUCAGGGACCCCUGCGAGCAGACGGGGGUGUCCUGCGGUGGGACUACCCCAUUAUACGCCCUCUGCUGUUCAGGAUCCAAGACGUGCCCCAGCAGGCCCAAGUCCCUCCCGUCUGGGGCUGGGAGGUGGCCGGGGCCCCGGCGCUGAGGCUUCAGAGGUCCCAGUCGUCCGAGCUGCUGGAGAGGGAGAUGGAGAGCGUCCUGCGCCGGGAACGAGAGGUGGCAGAGGAGCGGAGGAAUGCCCUCUUCCCGGAGGUCUUCGCCCCGACGCCUGACGAAAGCCGCGACCAGGACUCCAGGAGUUCCUCCCGGGCGUCCGGCAUCACAGGGAGUUACUCAGUGUCUGAGUCCCCCCUCUUCACCCCCACCCACCUGCACUCAACUCUGGCGUGGACGGCAAAAGAUCCAGGGGACAAUGCUCCUCCCGGGCAGAGAAGGAAGGAGCAGUGGUAUGCUGGCAUCGACCCCUCGGACCGUGUCAACUCAGAGGUCCUGGAAGCCAUACGGGUGACCCGCCACAAGAACGCCAUGGCAGAGCGCUGGGAAUCACGCAUCCACGCCAGUGAGGAGGAUGACUAAGCCUCGGGAUGGGGCGCCCACCCUCUGCCCGGCCCUGACCCUCAUGGGAACUGCCAACACCAUUGCCAAACCCCACCCUAGGAAAUGGGCCCUAGAUCCAAGAACCAUGGCUGAUCUGCCAACGCUCCCACCAUGGACGCAUCUGGAAUUGGAGGUUCUUCCUUUAGAAAUACAUCUGCAAAAGGCCGGGCGCGGUGGCUCACGCCUGUAAUCCCAGCACUUGGGAGGCCGAGGCGGGUGGAUCACGAGGUCAAGAGAUCGAGACCAUCCUGGUCAACAUGGUGAAACCCCGUCUCUACUAAAAACACAAAAAAUUAGCUGGGCAUGGUGGCGCAUGCCUGUAGUCCCAGCUACUCGGGAGGCUGAGGCAGGAGAAUCACCUGAACCCCGGAGGCGGACGCUGCGGUGAGCCGAGAUCGCGCCAUUGCACUCCAGCCUGGGUAACAAGAGCGAAACUCCGUCUCAAAAAAAAAGAAAAAAAAAAUACAUCUGCAUUUGGGGUCUAAUGCUUUUGGGGGUGAAAUAGGACCCCUGCCGAUUCUUUCCGCUUCUAAGACUUUGCCACACGCUCUGCGUCUUAGAAAGGGGGAGACCCGCUGCCCCACUUUCAGGAGUGAUUUGUUUCCGCCAGUCUGAGGGCAGAGGGACUUGUCAAGGGUUACACAAACGCUGGCACCUCGAGGAGCGUGCGUGUCCAAGGGAGGAGACACUCAGCUCCUCCCUCUGAGAAGUCCCAGGCUGACAGGGGACACCUGUCCCAUUCCAACCCUCAGGAACCAUGCAGUCUGACGGAGGAGGCCAAACUCCCAGUGCUGGGGGCCCCUGUGCAGCCCUCAGACCCUUCACCUCGGUGCACCCAGCCACACCUAGUGGGCGCAAGCUCUAAUGUCAAUAGGAUCCCAUGAGGAUGGUCCCCCUCACCUGGGAGAGAAAGGGCACAAUUUAGGGGCUAGAGGUGGGUCUUUCUCCCACACCCCCAAACCGUCAUAAAAUAAACCUGGAGUGAGCUGCC